GACGCCGCCGCUCGGGGCCGGGGUCGCGAAGGGAGUUGGGAGCGACCAUUUGGGCUGUGCAUGCGGGACAGGGCUGCCGUCCUUCGCUCGGCCCUUCCGGUGCCCCGCGGGGUGCGCAGCUCCCGCGCGCCCUCUCUUCCUCUCCCCCGCUUUGCAGGCUCCUCCAUGGAGACCGCCGCCCCCGCUCCCCCCGGCCCCGCUACGGCGGCGGUGGCGGCGGCGGCCCCCUUCCCUCCGCUCUUCCCCCCGGGGCUGCACGGCAUCUACGGCGAGUGCCGGCGCCUGUACCCGGAGCAGCCCAACCCGCUGCAGGUCACCGCCAUCAUCAAGUACUGGUUAGGUGGACCUGAUCCUCUGGACUACGUCAGUAUGUACAGGAAUUUGGGGAGUCCAUCCCAGAAUGUUCCUGAGCACUGGCACUAUGUAAGCUUUGGACUGAGUGACUUGUAUGGUGAUAACAGAGUACAUGAGUUUACUGGAUCAGACGGACCAAGUGGUUUUGGAUUUGAACUGACAUUUCGACUUAAGCGUGAAACCGGGGAAUCUGCACCACCGACGUGGCCAGCAGAGUUAAUGCAAGGCUUAGCCAGAUAUGUCUUCCAAUCAGAAAAUACAUUUUGUAGUGGUGAUCAUGUAUCGUGGCAUAGUCCAUUGGACAAUAGUGAGUCAAGGAUCCAACAUAUGCUGCUGACUGAAGAUCCACAAAUGCAGCCAGUUCAGACUCCAUUUGGGGUGGUGACUUUUCUUCAGAUUGUUGGUGUCUGUACAGAGGAGCUUCAUGCAGCACAGCAGUGGAAUGGACAGGGUAUAUUGGAACUGCUUCGGACUGUUCCUGUAGCAGGAGGCCCAUGGUUGAUAACAGACAUGCGACGUGGAGAGACCAUAUUUGAAAUAGAUCCACACCUGCAACAGGACCGAGUUGAUAAAGGGAUUGAGACAGACGGUUCGAACCUGAGUGGUGUCAGUGCUAAGUGUGCCUGGGAUGAUCUUAGCCGGCCGCCAGAGGAUGACGAAGACAGUAGAAGUAUCUGCAUUGGCACACAUCCCCGACGAUUGUCUGGAAAAGAUACAGAGCAAAUCCGGGAGACUCUGCGAAGGGGACUUGAGAUUAACAGCAAGCCUGUUCUGCCCCCAAUUAACCAUCAGAGACAGAAUGGACUGAAUAAUGACAGAGCUCCGAGUCGGAAGGACAGCCUAGAAAGUGAAAGCUCGGCAACAAUUAUUCCUCAUGAGUUGAUUCGCACAAGACAGCUUGAGAGUGUGCACCUGAAAUUCAACCAGGAAUCAGGAGCAUUGAUUCCACUUUGUUUAAGGGGCAGACUAUUACAUGGACGGCACUUUACAUACAAAAGUAUUACGGGAGAUACAGCAAUCACUUUUGUGUCAACAGGAGUUGAAGGGGCUUUUGCUACAGAGGAGCAUCCAUAUGCAGCACAUGGGCCUUGGUUACAAAUCCUGCUGACUGAAGAGUUUGUGGAAAGAAUGCUAGAAGACCUAGAAGAUCUGAAUUCUUCAGAGGAAUUCAAACUUCCAAAGGAGUAUAGUUGGCCUGAAAAGAAACUGAAAGUCUCCAUCUUGCCUGAUGCUGUAUUUGACAACCCACUGCAUUAAAGUCAGCUGACACCCACAAGCAACAAGUUGCUGAAUGCUGCCCAGUGACUCAUGGGAUAAUUUAGUGCAGUAAAAGCUCUUCCUGCAAAUAAGAGAUGCUGCUGCAUAUCCACUGCAAACAACGGAGGAGUUACUCAACAGCAGUCCAGCCAGAACUCAAUUUUUCCAGUACCUGGCUUUCUCUUCUGUCAUGGAAGAACUCUGAAUAAACUGCAUAUGAGUGAGUGCGAGAGUGAGACAAGGAGAGAAAAGUAUUUAACUAUUAAUAGUAGUCCUAAGAAUUCCUUUCCCUACUUUAACUGGCUCCAGAAGUCCCUGCAACCCCCAACUCAGGGUUUAUGUGCCUCAUCUGCCUUGACUUAAUCACACAAUUUUCAGGCAUGAACACACAAUCCAUUAGAAGUAUUUUUUGUAACUCUCAAAUUAUUUAAUUAGCCAGGCUUCUCCUGGCCAAAAUUAUUCCUUCAGUGUGAUUUUUUUUAAUUGCUCCAGAAAGGCCAUUUUGUUUAUACUUUAUGUACACACAAUCAGACUGAGGAAACACUGAUCAGUUUUGAUGCCACACUAGGGACUGAUUUGGCAGGGGAAUCAUGGUCCCACUGGCUCAACUGCUAUGAUGUUACAGAGGGGGCUGUACUUAAGCUGUCAUUUUAGAUUCUGAAUUCUGAGGCCUAUAAACAUCCUAUUUAAGUCAGGAGUUUGCCCUAGGGAAGAGAUACAGCUUGGGUUAUAUUUAGGAAAACGUUGCUUUAAAAAGUUCUGUGAAACCCAAGCCUACGUGUUUUUAUUCAGAACAAAACUUAAUGGUAUUCAGUGGGGCUUACUACCAGGUAAGUAUUUACUGGAUUGCAGGAUUAAACACCUAUUUUAGUGUGUCCUAGAGCAAUAGACCAAAAUGAUAAUUGAUUCUCUUCAAAGAUAAGCAUAACUUCCCUGUUUCAUGGUCACCUGUAAAAGGGACAAGUUCGUGGAAAAUUGGGUUUAUAGGUAUUUCUCAUUGGGCUGAACUUAGUACAGGCAGAUCUUCUGGGUUAACAAUUCUGAUACUGUAUCCUUCUUGAAGUUUCCUGUAGAUUUGUACCAAAUUUUCCUGACUCAUACUGCAGAGAAAUAGAAAAGGGUACAUGAGUUAAAGAGAUGCCUGAAAACCUAGUGUCUUGUUUCUAAAUUGGCUUUAAAAACAAAGUUUUCCUAAGAACAUUUAUUUCUGCUGAAAUCGUGUUUUCACUUUCCAUUCACAUAUUUUGGGAAGACAUAUCUGUUAAUUUUAAUGCAUAUAGAGUCAGGCCAUUUCAGAAUGUUUUGAAAAUUCAGCUUGAUGUACUGCUGCAUACACAGGCAUUAAUUUUCAGAGUUAUGGUCUGAUUUUGAGACAGCUACACUGUAUUUCUAACACCAUUUUGUGCAGACUUUGACUUUUUUAUAGGCAGUUGAACUAACUUCCUAGGAGAGGAACGUGGUAGUAGUUCCAUAGCUCACCACCGAAAAUGUAAUCUGGCACUGCUAAAGCAGAAAUCUACAAUCUGAAACUAUCUUCUGAAAGUUUCUGUUACAAUGUUUGUAGAAGGAAACAUGUUGGUUCUCUUCCCUUCCCAAGAGAAUGAAAGUCCACUUCAACUAGGCAACUGUUCAAAAUACCAUAUUCUCUUGUUGUGUAAACUUAGUUUCUUCAGAAAUUUUGUCACGGGCAUAAGUGACCUUCAGAAAUUGCUCAGAAUUGAUGUAUACUAAUGUACACCAGAAUCGGUGUACACCCAUUUACACCCAUGAUGGCUAGGGAGCUGGACCUCGAGCAAGUUUAGAUAGAUAUGUGCUGGUGACAUAAAGUAGCUCACAAUAAACUAUUUAAUAUUGCCCAUAGGCUCCCUGUCAGAAUCCUAGAAGCCUCACCUUUCACAUUAAGUAAAGGACUUAGAAUAGCAUGGUACUCUAGUGUGGUCUGAUGUUUAGGGACUACAAAGCAAAAAAGCUUUGGGAGUCACUCACUUAGUUUGUAGUAUUUUGGAAGCUGUUGUGCUGUCCUGAGCACAAUUCAAACAUGUGCUAAUGUAAGCAAAAUUGACUAACCGCUAUUGCCAAAUUGACUAAGCAUAAAACCCUGCAAGGUUGAAACAGGCCAAGCCAUAGGAGGUUGGAGUGAAAUCUUGUAAGGGGUCCCUGCUUAUGAGGAAAAUCUUCUGGCAUUCAAAUGGUGUGCUAUCACUCAAAUGUUACUGUCAGAUACCUAGCAUAUUUUCCCCACAAAAGCCAUCCUUAUUAGGCCUAGCUUUCACAAACAGCAGCUGGGAUGAUGAAGCUGUUUCUUGACUGCUGUGCUUAGGACUGCAAUGGAGUCUCAUAUGACAGAAUGCUCCUCUGUGCAAGAGAAAAAAAUCCUUGCACAUAGAAAACUGGCAUGUCAGGGAGGAGAGUAGAAACCUGCUGCCUGACGUUAAUUUCCUAUGUACAUAGAAAUGUUACUGGAUGAAGAAGAAUUCAAUUAUGUGAGGCUUUAGAAGUCAUUUCUAGAGUCUAAACUGUCUGGCUUUUCUACAGUUUAUCUUGGAAGCCUUGUGUUCCAUAGUAGUUUAAUUAAUGGAGUAAGGCUUUACACAGCUAUACUGUCUCAUUUGUUAUUCUCUAUAGUUUACCCUCUAUGGAUGCGGUAAAGAGCUGAGGAGUUUCCUAUCUGAGGAAUGAAAGAAUCCAUGGAGGGAAAGUCAGAAAUCCUAUGAAAUGUUAAUCUGCUAGUGGGGGGGGGAAAAACCCUUGUGGGUUUUUCAGGAAGGAUCUGUGAGCUGGAGACUAGACUACAGUCUUCUGUGGCUUUUGAUAGUUUGCUGCAAAGUCCACACUGAUGUUACAUUUUUCCAUAACCUUUUAAACGUUUUGUUCUGCAUGAGCAUUCCUUUGGAGAGAAAGAACUGGUCCAAAGUGUAUUUAAAAUUACUGUCUCGUAGAGUUUGCAGAGUAUUCAGAUUUCAUAUCUGCCUGAAAGUACCCACAAAUUACUACCUUGGCAAAUCAAAGGUAAAGUGUCUUGGUGUUUAAUCAGUAACAGUUUAUGGCAGUAACUGCUAGAAACUAUUCUUGUUGGCUUCCCAGAGGAGUUAAUGGAAUGGAGCUUGGUCUCUCUGUUUACUGUGUAUUGCUAACUUUUCACUGUGGUCACUUGUGCUGACCAUUCCUCCCACCCUAAGACAAGGCAGGAAGAGUUUACUUUCCACUCUUGUUCUCCACUUGCUAGUUACCAGUACUAAAGUGGCUAACAGGAAGCUGGAGCUUAGGCUAUUCUUCAGUUGGUUUGCACCUGCUGCUUAAUCCCUUCAGCACCUGGAGCUGUAAACACCAUUCCUCGGUUGCUGCGACAAUUAUUAACUUUCAGUGCAGCUGUUGCACCAGCCAUGUGCCAGGACAGUGCUAACCUAGCCAUCAGACCAAAUGGCAACAAAAGAGCCAUUCCAGAGGCUUUACUGUCUAAAUAUGAAGCAGUCAGUAAGUAAGUGAGCAAAAUAUAAAUGGGCUGUAGAAUUUCACAUGAGAACACUGUAAGCUAUAAGAAUAUACCGGUAGUUUUAGCAAAACAAAAAAAUUCCAUCCCCACUUCUGUGGGUUUCUGCUCCCCCAUGGCACUGACAUUGGUAGCAAGGGAAGUUAUAAAAACAGAACCCACUCCCCUCUUCAAAGCACACUCAUCGGCUGUGUUUGCAUGUAAGGUUAAACCAUAGUUAAUAUUUAACAGUGGUUUAAUGUGAAUGAGCAGCAUGCUGGUGCACACUGCUCACACUGCUUUGCUCCUCCCUUGCUCCUGGCUGUAUCAUACUGGGAGCAACAAACUACAAGACUUGACUUGUCAUGUUGUCCAAACCCAUGCUCCUGGUUUGUUUGGGGGAACCAAGCCAUGUGUUUAAGUUUAGAUGACACACCACCUGUGGAUUGUUGCUCCCAGCUCAUUCCGGCACACUGCUCAUUUGCAUUAAACCAUAUUACACAUGUCAAUUUGAAGCUGAAGGGGCUGCUCAAUGUGCUAACUGGCUGGACAUUUGUGACACCAUGAAACAACCUCUGCCUGUAAUAAUUUUCAGCUUCAGAAUAAAUGAUGGCUCUUUAAUCAUAAAUAAGUCAGGCAGCGUAUGAUUGUUUAAAUGCAAGGUCAUACCAGCAGAACUUUAAAGAUAACAAGAAAGACAGGCAGCUAGGCAUAGAAGGGUGAGGGUGGCCUAGAAACCAAUGCUCACUGCAAAGAGAGAGUGUGUCUAAAGAAUGAGGGUUACUGAGCUUACCCCAUAGGGACAAAAGAAGCUUGCUCCUGUACAUCUGUAUGCACCAUUGGACACAAUAGCUCAAGAUUUUGUUUUUCUGGUGUGUAAAUCUGAACUUUACCACUAAGCCAGAUGGUUGGUUGGACAGAGAUGCUCUACAUGCACACUGCAAGCUUCUUCAGCAUGUUUUGCACUGCACCAUGAUCAUCCACUUAGCUUUGCAGAUCUGGAAGUGUCAGGCAUUCCUAUGCAGAUGAAAGCAUGGGUUUCACAUCUGCAUGCAUGCUUGCUGGUGGAGUUCAUUGCUGCUGUAGGGAUUGCUCCAUCUCCUCACACUUGUGUUUUUCUAGCAGCAGGGAGAAAAUCAUGAAUUGUUUUAAAGAAAAGCCCUUUACACAUAAAAGCAAGGGAAGUAAGGGUCAGAAAGCAAAUGUAUUUGCAGAAGUGUUUUUAAUGGCUUGAGGCAAAAAUGUGUUAAUGUUUAAUGUUUCUCUCCACCACUACCAUCAUUGUAAUUUAUAGGAACAGAAAGAAUACCUUCAUAUUCUGGCAUUCCUAUGUUACUGUAGCUUUUCCUACCUUUAGUUGUUCCGUCUCUUUUGAAUCCUCCUUUGCUGAGCAUCCAAAAUGUCAAACAGAAAAUGAGCCUGUAGCUGAUGAGGGUUUCAAAAGGAUCCCUAGGCUGACCUGCCUCUCAGGCAAUUAACCCAUGGGCAUUAUGCACUUUUCAGCUUCUUCAUUUCAUACACAAUUAUUUUUCCCUCAGAUUGCUUACAGACCAUAAAGUCGUAAUAAGUGGUGCAUUAGCUUUACAGUAUCGUUCCAAGGCUGUCAUAAAGGUAUGCCUUUUCUACUUUCUGCCAACCAGCUAAUAAGGAGGUUGGAGAAGUAUUCUGAAAAACCCUUUCCAUCUACCUACUUUUAUGAUUCACUGUUGAAAUGUGGAAGCCUGAUAGCAGAAUAACAUAAUGAAUGCCAGCGUGUGAAGUAAAUGUUUAAAGGGCUCAACCAAAUACGCUUUAAUUUCCGAAAACAGAUUUGUUUAAAAGCUCAGACCGGAAUCUGCUUACCAGCUGAUGGUUCUGUUUUGCAAACACUUCUCUUACUACUCUCCUCGCCCUCUUGCACACAUUUCCCUUUGCUUGUUUCCUAGUUUGGGUUGAAAUCAACAUGGCUGCUGUUUUCUUUCCUGGGUCCUGAUGGCAAAGGUCUGCAUUCAUCACUGCUCCUCUACAUAAUGGAGAAAGAGGGGGAGAAUGGUUUGAGCCUUGUUGACAAUAGUGUAUGUUAGUGUAGGCCCUUCAAUAAGAGAGGAUAGCCACUGCCAGCCCUGGUUAAUAUUCUGGGGAAACACAGGAGUGUGCAAUUGUCUUCAAAGGCUCUGUUGGCUCAUGUUUAAGCCGAGUAUCCCUUUCGCUAGUUUCCCUUUCAACACUGAACAGAAUCUCAAUUCUGUAUAAAGACUUCACCUACCUUAGGGAAAGCGAAACCCAUUAAAGUGAUAAAACCAGUGAGUUAAUUCAAAAGAUUCUGUGCUCUGAUUGCUGAUGAAUUACACAGUCUGGGGCCUGGCUUUUCUGGAGCUGCAGUUCACAAUUUACCAGGAUCAAACUGCCAUUGUGGAAGAAAGCUCCUAAAAGCCACAGGCUUUGUGGCCCAGCCCCCAUUCUUAGGACCAUUUUGUGUGCUGGAUCCUGGGUGGGAGGGCUCAGGAGCAUAGCAUUGGUGUUCAGUUCUAGAGGAUCAGAUUGUCUCUGCUGCUAAACACAGCAAAUAAGACUUAAAGGAAUAAAUUAAGAUAAUGUUACACUCCAGGUUUGCCUUCCUUUCUUGAGACUGUUUUAGAUCGGUAGGAACCAGAGUUCACUGUUAAAGCAGGGUGGAUUUUUUUAAAACAUGAUAGUGCUCUUGUUGUUACUGUAGUUUUACAAUUUGGAUGGCUGUAGUGCUAGAAAACAAAAUGAGUGGUUUUGCUUUUGGAGGACCUAAUCCUUAGACCUGCUCAACUUUUAAUUCUGACUGCUGAGGCUACAUUUACCAGCUUCAGCUAAGAUGAACCUUUUUGUAGUUCAUCCAUGUGGCGUGUGUGUGUGUGUGCGUGCGUGUGCGUGUUUCUCAACAAAAAUCUUAAGGACAUUGCAGAAGCUGUCUGAAAAUGGCUUGCCAUUCCUGCAGUGAAAUUCUCAGUACUUUGUAGUAUGCCUUUUUUUCUACCAAAAAAAAACAAUGGGAACCUAAACUACCAGAGGUUUUAAAAAUAUUUUAUAUUAGUUUCUAAUGUAUAUUCUUACAUUAUCACAGUGCCGGUGUGUGUUCACCUGCGGAAAACUACUUUUUUGUAAUAUUUUUGUGAUCACAAAGCUUUGUUUCCCUCCUGUGUAUUCAAAGUGCAUUAAACCUGUUUGCAUA